AUGAUUUUGUCAAGUGAGAUUUACUCCAAUUCUGAAAUCCUUGAUGUUAUUACAGGAAGAUUUUUCCCUAAUGAAGAUCAGUUAUACAACCCAAGCUAUCGUGAAAUUGCUGUAAUAAAAGGCAAUAGAAUUGAUGUAUAUAAAAUUGACUGGAUAUCAGAUAAUUAUACUUCUGAAAAGCUGAGUUUUUAUGCCUCUAGACCUUAUAUUGGCAUUUGGAGAUAUUCCUGUAAAGAGUCAAAAUAUGAUUCAAUUUUGGCUUUAGACUGCAAUUUAAACUUAUACUUGCUAAGUAUUAGGCUUAUACAAGCUCCCCAUACCAAUUAUGAUUGUAAUACUAAAUAUAAAUUAACAAAUAUCCAAAAAAAUUAUUCCAAUGAGAAAUCUAGCUCCCAUUUUGAAGAUUUCCUUCAAAUAAACAAUGAUAAUAGAGAAUAUAUACUUAAAUUAAAGUACUUUAUUUAUCUUGAGUCUAAAAUAUCAUUGAUUGAUCCAUUUGGAAUAGAAAUCCAGCCAUUUCUAAGCCAAAGAAAUAUACAACCUGACACACUGAACUUUAACAACUUAUAUAAUACUCAAAGUAUAUCUAAACCACCAAAUAUUCAAGUUUCAGUUGAAUAUAAUACAGGUUGUAUUGCUAUAUCUUCAUACUAUAACAGAAUCGCUCUUAUAGUACCUAACAGAAAUAUUUCAAAUGAUAAUACAAGAACCAACUUAAAGAUACGCUCACUCUCCUUCUACUCAAUUCAACCAGAUAUGCAACUCAUAUCUUUCCAAUUCUUUUUUGACUCAACUUUAAAUAGCUCUUGUCUCUACUUGCUAUUCUAUCAAAUAAAAGAAGAAAGCUUAUACUCCAGCUUAGCUCAUAAAAUUAUUUGGCCAAACUGGAACCAGAUUUUUAUAUUUUCACACAAUGACCAAAUUUGGUAUUCUCAAUAUCCACCAGAUGAAUUAAUUUAUCCACUGAGAGAGUCUAAAUUACAUAUUUUAAAUUUAAAUAAUGAUUACUCAUCUAAUUUCAAAAAGAUCCAAAAUUAUAUAAAUAUACUGCACUUUUGUAUGGAUGAUACAGGGAAUUUAUAUGUGGAUGGGACUUAUGUGCAAACACCGGUAUCCGAUCCUAAAAAAAAAUAUCUACAUACUUUUAUUAUUUGUAAUGGUUUAGAGAACUUAUUGAGUAUCACAGUUGGAUAUAUUGAUAAAUAUAAUAACUGUGAAGAAUUGUGGAGAUGGUCUGAUAAUAUGAAAUAUGUAUAUUUCCGUGAAUUAGUAAAACUGAAGAGUGAAUUUAAACUAUCCUUAAAAGAACCACCUAUUAUAGCUUCUAAAAGAAAUAUAUCAGAAUACUCUAAUAAGAGCAUUAUUAAAGUAUUUUUGGCUGGAGGUCAAAAUGACUACUUUGUGUUAGUAAUAGUUGUAAAUCUUGACGAAAUAGAAGAAGUUAAAUGUACAGGAUACUGCAACUCAAUUAAAAUGUCAUUUCCAGAUAUAUGUAAUGUUUCCAUAUUAAAUUACUAUCCAAAUCCUACUGAAGAAUCUUUAACUCUACUAUUCACAAGUAGUAUAGGGAUUAUGAAACAAGUAACGUUCCCCUCAAUAGAACAAUCAUGGCUUGUAUCUCCUCAUGAAAGUGAAAUCUUCCGUACAUUUGCAGCCGAAGCAGUUAAAAUUGACAACCAUACUACUAUAUUAUUAGGAGGUAUAAAAUUUACUUGGACAAAAUCCAAUAAUAAUGAUACAAGCUAUUCUUGGAAACAGCAGUCGGUCCUAAGAAUGAUUAGAUGUGGAAUACAAACGUAUGAAGAAUCUAAAUCCAUGGGAACUUUUUUUGGUGUUAUUAGACUAUUUUCCUUUUCUAUUAUACAUAAUAAUAAUAUAUAUGGACUAAUUAUAGUUUCAUAUCCCCACAAAACUGAAUUAUUACUUAUUGCAUACGAUGAAACGAAACAAAUAAAGCAGAUAGAUUUUGCAAAAAACACAAUAAAUUUGCAAAAGUGGUACCCUAAAAAUGUCAAGUUCUAUGCACCAUAUUUGAAUUUUCCAACAAUAUAUUGUACAUGGUUAGAUAAUAAAAAGAACAUACUUAUCCAUAUUACUAGUCAAUUCAUCAACUUAAUAUUUAUUAAUAUGGAUGAAAUAUUGAAUAUAUCAGAUCAAUUACCGGAAUCUCAAUCGAACUAUUCACAACUAGUCAAUAAAAUUAUGUGGAGGGUUAAUUCAGAUGAUGAAAAGAUUCAAGAUGCAUGUUUUGUUGAAAAAAGUAUAUUUGUACUGAUAGAUUCGAUGAAAAUGUUUCAAAUUAUUAUUGAUACUAACUCAACUUCUAUAAUAGCAGGAUAUUUGUUGAGUGGCAUUUCAUUUAACAAUGUCUCAUCUUUCCUAGUAUCAAAGUGGCAUGAUAAAUAUAUACUACUUUUGGGAAAUUGGCAGAAUGAGAUUUCAAUUGGGAAUAUUCUAGAUUGUGGUAUUGUAGAGAAGGUAUCUAAGAUGAAGCUUCCUUUAAAAUCAAGUUCUCUAUAUAGUCGAAUAUCUUCAGUUAGGAUAGAACAGGAUCAUAUUUAUAUUAUGAAUAGUAUUGGUCAAUUUUACUAUAUAGAAAUUAAGGAGAUAAGUUCUAAAAAAUUUAAAAGUAAAUUAAAACUACAAAUAAAUUACCAAUUUAAUGUCAAUGAACACUUAGAAUUGGAGAAUUUUUUUUUAGACUGGCAAAUAGUAAGCUACAACUUGUCAUUUAUAACUAGUGAUAAAUGUAUGGUUAAACAUCAAUUUUUCGUCAAAUCUAUAUACAAAAAUUACAUAAUAGAUAUAUUUGCAACUAGAAAUGUUAAAUUUCAGCAUUAUAUAAAUACUAUUCAACUACCUAAAUCUUCAAAUUUGGCAAUUUUUAACUAUCCGACCAAGUAUUGGAAAUAUCAAUCUCAUAUUUUAGUUUGUAUCAAAGGAGAAAAGAAUUCUAUGCAUUUGAUUAGCCCAUCCAAAUCUAAAAUAUAUUUACAAGAUUUUUAUUUACCACUACAACACAAUUCUGAAGUAAUUGGUGGAAUGUCCCUUUUAAAAUAUAAAAAACUGUUAAUAUGGAGCACUCCAAAAAUACCAAUUUUGUUGAAACAAUUCAACGAGCAAAAUUAUCAUUCUCAAUUACUUCUAAUGGAACUUGAACCAAAAAUCAGAAUUAUUGGAUCUCUAAAAUUUCUAAAUAGUCGAACCAAUAAUAUCAUGAAUGUCUGUUCAAGAGUUUUUGAAAGCUUCAAUUGGGUGAGUAAAGAUAUUAAAUUAGAUGAUACAAGCAACGAUGUAUUUGUUCUUAUAUUCUCAGAUAUUCAGUACUUGGAAGAUAAUUUUGGAAGAUUGACCUUAUAUAAUAUUUCAGUGUCAGAUCAUCUCCAUUGGAAAAAAUAUAAUCAAGUUAAAAAUUGUAAUCUGCAAUAUAAAUACAAAAAUCCAUUUACUAAUCUAGGCAGUCACAUUUUGGAAGGAAGUACACGUAUAAUUCAACAUCCACUAUAUUCAGAUAGAUUUUUAUUUCUAAUAAAUAAUAGAUUAAAAGUUGACAAUAAAAUAACUAAUAUAAAUAAAACUGAUCCUGAAAUUAAAUAUUGCGAUAAGUUCAUUCCUGAUGAGAUAUAUUCAAUUAUAAUUUUAUACCAUCUUUGUAGAGCAAAUGACUUUAUAGAAGUAACUUAUCCCAAAGAUUUAAGUAAAAAAGGAAGUAAUUUCAACUUUAGCUGCGAAAUACAGCUAAUUGAAAAAAAAAGGAUAUAUAUAAAAUCUUUUAUUGAAAAAGCAAGUUUUAAAAGCAGUAAUCUCUUAUCAUUUACAACUCUUCUGAAUAAAAAUGACAGUAUUAUUCAAGUGGAAGAAAAUACUAUGAAGAUCAUUGAGACAUCAGAAUACUGUAGGGAAUUUGAAAUAUUUCCAAAAGAUCAGCGUAAAAGUACAAACCAAUGCGAUUACUUACAAGAUAGUAUAUUUUUUACUCAAAGACCAGUUGGAGAUUAUGAAGAUAAAAUGAUUAAGCCUUUUAAAACAUCUUUGGUAGAUUUUAGUCUAUAUAUUGAGAAGAUUCUACUUAAUAAUAAGACAAGUAUUAUCCCAUUUAGAGAUAUACUAACAAUCACUAAGUCUAAUAAAGAAAAUUCAUUAUACUGGGUAACUCCAAAUUGUCACAUUGGCAAAAUAACCUUUAUCGAUGCCGAAACUAAACUCUAUCUUUAUGGACUUCAAACUAUAAUGGCUUAUUUGUAUAAGACAAAAGUAAUCCAAGUACAUUCAAACUUAUGCAAUCCUUCACUCUCUCCUUGUAUUGAUAACUUAUUAUUUAAAUAUUUCGAUAUAUUUUGGACCCAGUAUUAUAAAAAUAACACAAUUAACAAAGUGGUAAUGAUAAACCAAAUUUUUGAUGAAAUAAAAAAUAAAACCUCAAUAAAUAGUUCAAAUUUUCAAAAUUUAUCAGAAAUUUCACUGGACAUAUAUAUAUUAUCUUUAUAUUGUAAUACCUGUAAUUACUGUAUAAAGUGGAGAAUUUUUGCUACAAUUACUUAUUGGUGGAAUCACAUCAUUUAUUUAACAAAAAAUUCAAUAAAACAAAAUACUUAUAAAAUUUUAAAAUGUCCAAUACUAAGUCAAUGGAAUAUGGACUGUAAUACCCUGUAUACAAAUUAUAUGGAAACUAAUAAUACCUCAUUAAUUCAUGACAAAAUUGCCAACUUCCACCACUUAUAUAUAGGUACACUGGAACUUGACAAAUAUAUACAUGAUACUUUGUUAUCAUGA